AUGUUGCUGACCAAGACCCUGGAAUAUCUAUUUUAUUUGGCCCUAUUCGCCUUUAUGUGCAAAUACGCGACGGCUGCCAGUGUCCAGCCUACCGAAGUACCGGCAGGUUCUCCGGAAACCAUUAAAAAACCCCAAAGGGCAGAGAGUCUUCUCAGUGGCUGUGAAACAUCUACGCUUAGUUGGAUGUGCCUUAAGAUCGAGUUCGUCAAGAUCAUGGAAAAGCUCGCCGAACAGGAGGAACUAAACGUUUUGCCUGGAAUCAGUGUGGUCAAGGAUGAGAAUGCCACCGAACUCAAGACAUCGGAGCUCAUGGCAGAAGUGGCUCGCAGCUAUCCCAGUGACCCGAGUACUCGCUUGAAUGGCUAUAUAGUGGCCAAAGUAAAAAACCUUCUGAAAACGCGUUUCCUCCGAUUUCGCCUGCUGGAUGACAAAUCCCUCGAAGAAGGUCGCAAGAAUAAGUUCGGCAAGAAAGGAGGGUUGGAGGCCCUGGUGGCGGCUGGGGUCAUGAUGAAGGGAAUGCUUAUGGCCAUGGGCCUCGGAGCCAUCGCUCUGAUGGCCGGAAAGGCUCUGAUGACAGCUUUAAUGGCAUUAACCCUGUCUGGAGUCCUCGGCCUUAAGAGCUUGGCCGGUGGCGGUGGAAAGUCCACCACAUACGAGAUUGUGGCUAAGCCAAUUUACACCUCCAGCCACUCGCAUUCGGUCACUCACGAGGAUGGAGGUCACUCACACAGUCCCCACUUUGCCGCAGGAGGCGGUGGUGGUGGUACUGCCAGUGGCUUUGGCUACGGAGGAUAUGCUAGGUCCCUGAGAGUGGAUCAGAAAGGAAACCAAAUCUAA